AUGAAGUACACUGCUAUCUUCAGCGCUGCUGUCGCUGGACUUGUCGGCUCCGCCGCUGCUGUCGGAGUCUCCGGCUCUGCCGAGGGUUUCGCCAAGGGCGUUACCGGGGGAGGUUCCGCUACUCCCGUGUAUCCCUCCACCACUGACGAGCUGGUCUCUUACCUCGGUGACAGCGAGGCCCGCGUCAUCAUUCUCGAGAAGACGUUCGACUUCACCGGCACUGAGGGCACCACUACAUCCACUGGAUGUGCCCCUUGGGGAACGGCAAGUGCGUGUCAGGUGGCUAUUAACCAAAACGACUGGUGCACGAACUACGAGCCUGAUGCUCCCUCCGUCUCCGUGAGCUACGACAACGCUGGUGUUCUCGGUAUUACCGUUGGCUCCAACAAGUCUAUCGUUGGUGUCGGUAGCACUGGUAUCAUCAAGGGCAAGGGUCUCCGUCUUGUCAGCGGUACUGAGAACGUUAUCAUCCAGAACAUCGCCAUCACCGACAUUAACGAAAAGUACGUCUGGGGUGGUGAUGCUAUCACUCUUGACGAUGUCGAUAUGGUCUGGAUCGAUCACGUGACCACCGCUCGCAUUGGCCGCCAGCACAUCGUCCUUGGAACCGAUGCCGACAACCGUGUCUCUAUCACCAACAACUACAUCGACGGUUUGACUGACUACUCUGCUACCUGUGACGGCUACACAUACUGGGGCAUUUAUCUCGAUGGAUCCAGCGACAUGGUCACCCUGAAGGGCAACUAUAUCUACCACACUAGCGGUCGUUCCCCCAAGGUUGGAGGAAACACCCUCGUCCACGCCGUCAACAACUACUGGUACGACAACACCGGCCACGCCUUCGAGGUCAUGUCCGGUGCCUACAUCCUUGCUGAAGGCAACGUCUUCCAGAACGUUGACACCAUUGUCGAGACUCCCGUCGACGGCCAGAUGUUCUCUGUCCCCUCCACCUCUUCCGGAUCUUCCUGCACUGCCUCCCUUGGCCGUGCCUGUGUCAUCAACGGUUUCGGCAGCUCUGGCACUCUCGACGAGACCGACACUGCCUUCCUCACUAACUUCGCCGGCAAGAACAUUGCCACUGCUUCCGCUUACACCUCCGUCGCCUCCAGCGUUACCGCCAACGCUGGUCAGGGCAAGCUGUAA